AUGGCUUUUCUCCUAUUGCUUCCGACGGUUGUUUUAGGGGAAUGUACAUGUGAAAUCGAAGAUGAAGAUCGGAACAAAAGCUUAGCACGCAAAUAUAAGUUAUCUGCUAUUGCUUCAAUUCUCGUUGCGAGUGCAAUUGGGGUUUGUCUUCCUGUAAUAAGCAAGACAAUACCAGCUUUGAGUCCAGAGAGGAACUUUUUCUUCAUCACAAAGGCAUUUGCAGCGGGAGUAAUUUUGUCGACAGGUUUCAUACAUGUGCUCCCUGAUGCUUUUGAAAAUUUGACAUCUCCGUGCAUUAGCGAGCACCCGUGGGGAGAUUUUCCGUUCACGGGCUUUGUUGCAAUGGUUUCAGCCAUUGGGACUCUUAUGGUGGACUCAUAUGCAACAGCCUAUUACAGGAAGGAAUCAGAUGGCAAGGCGCGUAUAGCUAAUGACGAUAAAGAAGGAGUAAUCCCUGUUCAUACUCACGCCACCCAUGGUCAUGCUCAUGGAUCUAUAUCAAUGGAAACCUAUUCUGGUGAAACAGAACUUCUCCGUCAUCGCGUAAUCUCACAGGUGCUGGAGUUGGGAAUUGUAGUCCAUUCUGUAAUUAUUGGAAUUGCUUUAGGCGCUUCGGAAAGUCCUAAAACAAUAAAGCCUCUAAUUGCUGCAUUAACCUUCCAUCAAUUCUUUGAAGGCAUUGGACUAGGAGGAUGCAUAACCCAGGCUCAGUUUAAGUCAAGGACAGUUGCAAUUAUGGCCAUCUUCUUCUCUCUCACAACCCCAAUUGGCAUUGUGAUAGGUAUUGGAAUAAGCAACAUAUACAGUGAGACCAGUCCCACUGCUCUAAUUGUCGAGGGAAUUUUUAAUUCAGCAUCAGCUGGGAUCUUGAUCUACAUGGCACUCGUAGAUCUUCUAUCAGCCGACUUUAUGAGUCCAAAAAUGCAAAGCAAUGGAAAGCUUCGGUUAGGGGCAAAUGUUUCUCUUCUUCUAGGCGCUGGAUGUAUGUCUCUCUUGGCCAAAUGGGCUUGA